UAUGAGGAAGCAGUCGAGCUUGGCAGUGUAGACGCGAUGAAAUGUCUUGGAGACAUCUUUGGUCUGGGAAAGGGUGUAAAAAUGAAUCGAACGAAGGCAAAGAAAUUCUAUCGUAUGGCUGCUAUUCGAGGCCACCCGCAGGCGCAACAUAACAUCGGUGUUCUAUUGACCCAUCCUUCUGAGGUCAGCGAAGGCGAUUCAGCUGAAGAAGGUCUCCUACACCUAAUAAACAGCGCGGCGCAAGGUUACACACCGGCUGAAUGCAUGCUAGGUCGCUGCUACUGCGUCGGAAUUGGCUGUGAAGUGGACUUGCAAAAAUCCUAUUUCUGGUAUUCCCGCGCCGCCGCGAAGGGCGAC